AAAGGCAGUGACUGAGAGAGGUAGGCACAGAAACAAGGUGCUUUAUACAGGUUACACAACUGCUUGGCAAGUGCUGUUGACUGGUUCGAAGAAAAGUGACAAACCAACACUGUAUUUGACCUGAAAGAUGAAUGUAAAGGACCUGUAAAGGAUGAAAGAAAAUGAGAGGCUAUGGAGGAAGAAACAGCAAAGAGCGAUGUGAGGAAUGGUCUGCAGAAUGAUGUUCCACUACUGCAGUCUAUGCUGACAAAACUUAGUCUAAAACGCAAACAUUCCUUUUCACACCCAGAUAAAAAAGUGUGUAAAAGUGUGUUUUACCAUCCUCUGGAGUCUGAAGAAUGUUUAACAAAUGGAGAAGACAGGAAAGAUAGCACAGUCAGAUCUGAUGGUGAUGAGGAGCAAACGAGUUCUGAAACAGAAUAUGGAAAGGAAGUUUCUGAAGAGGUCAAAGAAACACAAGCUUCAGAAUUAAGUCAGCAGCCAAGUAAAAGUGAGUGUUUGGAGGACCAAAGAGACUUGGAGGACCAAACAGACUUGAACCAAGAGACUAUCAAGGAAGAGCAUGUGGCUGGAGCUGCAUUAUCGCCUAACAAUCCAUCUCAAGAAACAUCUGCACACACAUCUUACCUCUCUGUGUCCUCAAAUAAAGUAGAGUCCUCACAGAUGGGGUUUAAGCAUGAAUCACUAGAUGAAGCUUGUUGUGGUUCCUCAAAUCUAGUCAGUAUGGACAGGGUUCUAACCCAUCAAACUGCUGUGAACCUUACAAGCAAGACAACAAGGUCUGCUUCAGAUCCAGUAAAAAACAAGCCCAAGGAAGAGAGACCCCUCUCAGCUCCAAGUAUUUCAAACCUAUGGGAAUAUGAAGAAAUUGCAAAUGCAAUGUCAAUGAAAAGCUUCAACAAAGCUGCCAAGAGUUUAGGAAAGGAGGAUUCAGGAAUGAGCAUCGGGGACACAGAACAUGACAACCCACUCACCAAAACGCAAAGGAAAGGAGUGAAAAACAAAAUGAAGAACCUCACUCAGAAACUGAUGGAAAAGCUUAAAGAUAAACAUGACUGUGAGCACACCGGCAGCAAGAGCACCCAAGACAGUGUGGAGCAAGAAGGACAAAAUCAGCUGAAUUCCAUAGAGAUGGAAGCCGAGGCUCCAGCGAUUCCACCACCACUUCCACCAAAGAAGGGGAAAUAUGUUUUCUUAGACAGAAGAUUUACCUUAAAAGACUUCAAACUCGAUCUUGAACCGAUCAACUUAAUGGAGGAAAUAUUCUCUGGGAGCGAAUGGCUCAGUUACCUGCCCAGCAAAGAAAGUCCAACUGAGAAAGACACUAGUGAUCAAUCAAUAACAAAUGAUGUUCUCCAACCAGAAAAGGACAUUCAGCUCAACGUUCCUCUUCCGACACCAGAGCAGGACCAGUCAGAGGACAUAAAGGACAAUCAAGACAGUGCUAGUGAUGUUCAAGAGGACAAUGUAGCAAAAGCGAACAGUGACUUGGAUGUAAAACAUGUGGAACAGGAUGCAGACAUAUUUGCUAUACCUAAGGCACUGCUAACAAGUAAUGCAAUAAAACAAAUGGCUGGGAUAGACUGUGAGUCAAACAAAUCAGAAGACAUCUAUGACUUUGUGGACAUGUAUAUUAUUCCCAGAAAUGACUUUCCAUUAAUGAAAAGAAAGGCAUCAGAUGCUCCACUGGACUUUUCAGCAGUCAAGUCAAUUGAAUUGCUAGACAACUCUGCCCUCAAGAGUCGAAUUCGUCUUAGCAAAAAGAGACACCACCGACCGCCCAAAAAGAACAAAAAAGUAAAAAGAGAAACGUCGAGUGCCAUAUUCUACACGAUUCCCCCUGUAAUCCUGAAUGAAUCCUGUCAGCGCAUCUCAACCACAUCAUAGCAUCCCCUUUUCCACAUCUUCUCCUCUGCAUUCACCAUCACAUCAAUAUCACUCCUGACCAGUUACUCCAUGACACCAUGGUCAUUAAUCUAUGAAACCCAAAGCACAAACAGAGAAAGACUGUAUUGCAUAACAUCUAUUCCAUUGUUUAAUCAGAAUUCACU